AUGCGCCGUCUUAGCCUCCCCUUGCUGGUGCUAGCCCAGCAGUGCCUAGCUCGUCAGCGAACGUUCAGCAUCCACGAGGACAUAUUUGCCUACCCCCAGUUCGAUGUAAUAUUCUCCGACAACUUUAUAUCCGAACACGAUGCCCAGUCGCUCGUUGACCGCGCGAAUGCCCACGCCACAUACAGCGCCGACUUCUCCUCCCAAUCAGACCUAGCCCAGAGAUUCCACUCAUUCGCGGACGGCGAGCCGCCGAGCAGUGAAGGUGACGAAUCGGACUCCAAAGUCAACUAUGAGAUCAUGAACAUGCCGCCGAACAAGUACCUAUGUUCGAUACCGAUUCUUGAAGAUUCGCAAGCCGACAACCAAACGGCGGCCGACCUCGCCAAGGCGGAGGAGGCGAAAGAGCUGGCGAGGGCGUCUGAGCGUGGAUGGGAGCUUCUAAAGCCUCUCGAUGGUCAGUGUCUCCACCAUAUUGACGGGUGGUGGAGCUAUAGGUUCUGUUACGGCCAGGAUAUCGUGCAAUAUCAUGCGCUCCCACAUAUCCCAAACGGACGGCCGCCUAUACAAGACCCUGAUACGGUGGCAUACGUUCUUGGCCGAGUUCCCGGCUCAGAAUCUGAGAAGAAAUCGAAGAGCAAAAAGCAGCAGCAGCAACAGCAACAGCAACAACAACAACAGGAUGCCACCGCCAAUACCAACGCCCAGGGCUCCUCGGCUCAGCCUCCAAAUGCGGAACUGCAAGUCAAGGGCGACCAGAAAUAUCUGGUUCAGAAGAUGGGAGCCGGCACUAUCUGCGACCUGACGGGACGCGAGCGCACGAUAGAGGUACAAUACCACUGCGCCCCGUCGAUGACAUCCGAGCGGAUUGCCUGGGUCAAGGAGGUCACUACUUGUGCAUACUUGAUGCUAGUCAACACGCCGCUCCUCUGCAGCGAUGUCGCUUUUCUACCACCGCAAGAAUCUACGGCUAACCCCAUCACAUGCCGACCCAUCCUAACCCUGGAGGACAUAGACUCCUACUCCCCCAAGGCUGUCGAUGCCAUGACCAACGCCCACCUUGAGGGUCCCAAAGGUAGCAUCCUCGGCUCCAACCCUCUCCACCACCCUCCCGUAGUCGGCGGCAUCAUUGUCGGUGGCCACAACAUCCUCGCCUCAGAUGGCGAAGGAGUUUCAUCCGUCAGUCUGGAGGUGCCGCGCAGCUUCGCAUCCGGGCGGCGCAAGGGGAAGCGUCAGGUCGAUAUCCUCGCCAGCCGCACGAGCGUAGAGGAAGGCUCGAAGUACUCUGGCCUCACUGAGGAAGAACUCAAGGCUAUGGAUAUAGACCCUAGUCUCGUCGAGGAUAUGAGGAAGGAGCUCCAGAAGCUAGCCGGUGAUAGGGCCUGGAGGCUCGAGGUUGUGCAAGUUGCAGGUGGUGAUAGGGAGAUUCGGGGAAUUGUGGAUGUAGAUGAAGAAGAAGAUGGCAAGGAUGGAGAAGGGGCCGAGAAAGCUGAGGGGGGUGACGAUGGUACUGAGGAGGAGUUUAUAUUUGAAGAGGAGUUGUAG